UCCCUCCCUCCCUCCCUCUCUCCCCGCCGCCGCACCGCGCACCGGGGCUCCGCCGCCCGCCCGCCGCGAUGCCCCGCCGCUGCUGAGCCGGCCCGGCGCCGCCCGCUGCCGCUGCCCCAGGUUGAGGACGUUUGGGACGUGCCUGGUGGAAGCGGCCAUGUCGCGAGUAACUCGCGCACGCUUCCCGGCCAGCUCCCCUCUCCUGAGCCUUGUCCUGGUGCUGCUGUUCCAGGCAGAGGGUGUGCAUGCCGAGAGCCCCAGCGAGCUGCCCGCCAACGACACCGAGGAGUGCGCGGGCUCCUACAUCUGCAAAAAGGGCGUCAUUUUACCAAUAUGGGAACCCCAGGACCCCUCCUUUGGGGACAAAAUAGCUCGGGCUACGGUGUAUUUUGUGGCAAUGGUGUACAUGUUCCUGGGAGUGUCCAUCAUCGCUGACCGCUUCAUGUCCUCCAUCGAAGUCAUUACGUCCCAGGAGCGGGAAAUAACCAUCAAGAAGCCCAACGGCGAGACCAGCAAAACCACUGUGAGGAUCUGGAACGAGACUGUUUCCAACCUCACGCUCAUGGCCUUGGGCUCGUCUGCUCCGGAGAUCCUCCUGUCUGUAAUCGAGGUGUGCGGCCACGGCUUCACGGCGGGGGACUUGGGGCCGAGCACCAUCGUGGGGAGUGCUGCCUUCAACAUGUUUGUCAUCAUUGCAAUCUGUGUGUACGUGGUGCCAGAUGGAGAGAUAAGGAAGAUCAAGCACCUGAGAGUGUUUUUUGUUACAGCGGCCUGGAGCAUCUUUGCCUACACUUGGCUUUACAUUAUUUUAUCUGUCUCUUCUCCUGGGAUUGUGGAGGUUUGGGAAGGCUUGCUCACCUUCUUCUUCUUCCCCAUCUGUGUGGUGUUUGCCUGGAUAGCCGACAGGAGGCUUUUAUUUUACAAGUACGUCUACAAGAAAUACCGAGCUGGCAAGCAGAGAGGCAUGAUCAUCGAGCACGAGGGUGACCGGCCCUCCUCCAAGGCUGACAUCGAGAUGGACGGAAAGGUUGCUAAUUCUCAUGUGGAGAACUUUUUGGAUGGGACACUGGUGUUGGAGGUGGAUGAGAAAGACCAGGAUGACGAGGAAGCCAGGAGGGAAAUGGCUCGGAUCCUGAAGGAGCUGAAGCAAAAGCACCCAGACAAGGAAAUAGAGCAGCUCAUAGAGUUGGCCAACUACCAGGUCCUGAGCCAGCAGCAGAAGAGCAGGGCCUUCUACCGCAUCCAGGCCACUCGGCUCAUGACCGGCGCCGGCAACAUCCUCAAGAGACACGCCGCAGACCAGGCCCGCAAAGCCGUCAGCAUGCACGAGGUCAACAGCGAGGUGACCGAAAACGAUCCCGUCAGCAAGCUCUACUUUGAGCAGGGCACCUACCAGUGCUUGGAGAACUGCGGCACCGUGGCCCUGACCAUCGUGCGCCGGGGAGGAGACCUGACCAACACGGUGUACGUCGACUUCCGGACCGAGGACGGCACGGCCAACGCCGGCUCUGACUACGAGUUCACUGAAGGGACGGUGGUCUUCAAGCCUGGAGAGACCCAGAAGGAAAUCCGUGUUGGCAUAAUCGACGACGACAUAUUUGAGGAGGAUGAGAACUUCCUGGUCCAUCUCAGCAACGUCCGUGUGAGCACCGAGGCCUCAGAUGAGGGCGUUCUUGAGGCCAGUCGUGUCUCAACACUCGCCUGCUUGGGAUCACCGUCUACUGCCACCGUCACCAUUUUUGACGAUGACCACGCCGGCAUCUUCACCUUCGAGGAGCCAGUAACACACAUCAGUGAAAGUGUAGGAACCAUGGAAGUGAAAGUGUUGCGAACCUCUGGAGCACGAGGAAAUGUUAUUGUGCCCUACAAAACCAUUGAAGGCACGGCCAAAGGUGGAGGAGAGGACUUUGAAGACACCUGUGGGGAGCUGGAGUUCCAGAAUGAUGAGAUAGUCAAAACGAUAUCAAUCAAGGUGAUAGAUGAUGAGGAGUAUGAGAAAAACAAGACCUUCUACCUAGAGAUCGGGGAGCCCCGGCUGGUGGAGAUGAGUGAGAAGAAAGCCCUGUUGUUGAAUGAGCUUGGUGGCUUCACCAUCACAGGGAAACUCUGGAAGGGCAAACCUGUCUUCAGGAAGGUCCAGGCUAGAGAUCAUCCUCUUCCUUGCACCGUGGUCUCCAUCCAAGAGGAGAAUGAAGAAAAGCAGCCACUGACCAGCAAGGAGGAGGAAGAGCGCCGGAUCGCAGAGAUGGGGCGCCCAGUCCUGGGGGAGCACACCAAACUCGAGAUCAUCAUUGAGGAAUCCUACGAGUUCAAGAACACGGUGGACAAGCUCAUUAAGAAGACGAACCUGGCCCUGGUGGUUGGCACAAACAGCUGGAGGGAGCAGUUCAUUGAGGCCAUUACUGUCAGCGCGGGGGAAGAUGACGAUGACGAUGAAUGUGGGGAGGAGAAGCUGCCCUCCUGCUUUGACUACGUGAUGCACUUUCUGACCGUCUUCUGGAAGGUCCUUUUUGCCUUCGUGCCCCCCACAGACUACUGGAAUGGCUGGGCUUGCUUUGUUGUCUCCAUCCUCAUGAUUGGCCUCCUGACAGCUUUCAUUGGCGACCUGGCAUCCCACUUUGGCUGCACCAUCGGCCUGAAGGACUCCGUCACUGCCGUGGUGUUUGUCGCCCUGGGGACAUCCGUGCCAGACACAUUUGCCAGCAAAGUAGCAGCAACGCAGGACCAGUACGCAGACGCCUCCAUCGGGAACGUCACCGGGAGCAACGCUGUGAACGUUUUCCUGGGCAUUGGGGUGGCCUGGUCCAUCGCAGCCAUCUACCACGCGGCUCACGGACAAGCCUUCCAAGUCUCCCCUGGCACACUGGCCUUCUCCGUCACCCUCUUCACUAUUUUUGCUUUUAUCAGUGUGGGAGUGCUGCUCUACCGGCGGAGACCCGAGAUCGGAGGUGAGCUGGGCGGGCCGCGGACUUCCAAGCUGCUCACAUCCUCACUCUUUAUCCUCCUCUGGCUCUUGUACAUAUUCUUCUCAUCUCUGGAAGCCUACUGCCACAUAAAGGGCUUCUAAAGGGACAAUCAGAGAUAGUAAAUAUGUGUAUAUCUAUAUAUAUCUAUAUAGAGUGAUAUAUAGGUAUAGAUAUAGAUAUAAAGCUAUGUAUAAUGAACAAAGAAAGAAUAAAAGAGAUUUGCCAUGUUCACACACCUGCUGAUGGAAAGCGGCUUUGGAGCAUCCUUUGAACUAGGCAGGACCCCAAAGCCGGCAGGACCUUCCCCAGGCAGCGGCCCCAGGCAGGAGCCAGGGGCAGGGCCCUUCCUGCAGCUCGACCGACAGGAGCGGCCGAUGGCCUCCGAGCCCCUUCCAGUGCUGACUCCCACCCGCCGGCCCCGGGAACAGGAUGUGAAGGCAACCGCGGUGCGCCGGUGUGAGGAAGGCCAGAGUAGCUGGUGAGCAGCAGAGCAGUGGGCAGGGGAAGGAGAGGAGAGCGAGGGUUCCGAUCUCCCACCGCCAUCCAGCCGCCUUCGCCGCUCGGGAACAGGCCCUCGGGCCCUGCUGGAGAGGAGCGAGAGACCGAACUGAAGACAAGGGGAAACUGGGAGCUUUCUAAGGAUAGAACACAAACCGUUUUCGUCAUUGAUUUGGGGUUAGUUUUUUGUUUCGUUUUGGCGUGUGUACAACUAGCAUCUCCCACCCACAUGCCCCUCACCUUUCCCUGUCCAUGCUUUGGGGGUGCACAGCCGCAGCCUCGUGUCCCGUGUCCCGAGCCGAGGCUGCGCGGAGCGGCGGGAGCCUUCCUCCCACUCCUCCGCCUCCUCGGGCAUGCUGUCGUGGUACUUGUAACAUUUGCAUGAAUGAAAUGAAAUCUAUCUGUAUAUAGCAUCCUAUAGCGAUAGUCCUUCCAACGGUGUGGGUUGAGCAUUGCAGAUUACAAGCGUUUUCUUUUCACUGGGUUUUAUUUAUUUUUAGUUAGUUCGGUUUUGCCAUAGGGUUUUGCUCAUUUGUUUGUUUGUUUCCUCUUAGCGGGGGUGGAAAGGAUGGAAAGCUGUCCCCACUUACUGCUCGUGGCAUGGUUCCAUGAGAAGCAAUAACAGCCGUGCAGUUGUAGGUUUUCAGGGGAGGAAAACCCACACCCCAGAGACCUCAGGCUCUGUCCUGCUGUGUGGAUGGGGUGCUCUGACGUGCUGAAGGCAGCGUGGAGACCUCCUCUGCCCACAGGAGGUGUUACACAAGGUCCCAGGGAGUGGGUGAGCAGUCUGAGGGGAACAAGCGUGGCUUUCUCCCAGCACCCCACAUGCUUCUGCCUUUCGAGUCGGUGGCUGCCUCGAAGCCCUUGGCCCCCUGCUAUUCCCUGUACCCCCAGAGGUGUAGUGACAGCCCCUGUUUCUGAGUGUUAAGCCAUCAGGACCAGUCCUCAAAGCUGGUCCUUCCCCACAGCCAUUUGGAGGCAGAGUAAUCCCACGUAAGGGCUGAAGGGCCGUACGAGAUCUCCCACUCCACUCCACGGAGCGGAGCCAGGAUGCAUCCCCCAGGAGCAGGCUGUGUUGUGCACUCUCCAAAUCCGAAAUCACUGGACAGGAUGAGACAGGGAGGUGUGUCUGAGCAUCACCCCCCUGGUGCCAGGAGUGCAGGCUGGGACAGAGAGCCGAGCCAGGGAAAUGUGGGUGUAGAGCUCCCCAGGGCACAGCCCAGGGCAGACACUGGGCACUGGUGUUGAGAGAUGUCUCCUGACCCAAUGGCCUUUGCCAGGCUUCCUGACAUUCCAGCCAGGCAAACUCCAGCCUGCAUGUCCAUGGUGCGCUCUUCCCACUCAGCUGAAAACCAUGUCUGAUGCUUGUACCAUAACCAGCUGGCUGGGGGUAUUUGUACUCAUCUUGAACUAUCUGUGGAAAUUUUAAUUAACCUGCUGUAAGGUUUUCUCUAGAAAUAUGGAGUUGUGGGUUUUGGGUUUUUUUCUUCUUGAGCCUUUUUUCACUUUUGAUUUGUUUUGGGGCUCUUCUUUUUUGUUUCUUAUUGUUUUGGGGGAAAAUCAAACACAGGUGCAGGUUGUUCAGGUUUAUGAUUACCUUUAUGUACAAUGAUUUCAUUUUCAUCUGUUUGGCUUCAUUUUUUCCUUCGUGUAUUGCCCACCACUAUAGGCAGUGAGUCCACUAAUUGUGAUGAUCCUUAUCAAUGGUACACAAUGCACAGAGAAAUAAAGUUUGUAAUGAUUCCUGAUGGA